GGCUUAGGCUGUAAAAUGGCGCGGCCAUACUCGCGGCCGCACUCGUCGAGGUCUGGGAAUGGCGCUGCCGCGUAAGUCCAAGCAUGGCACCCAGCCGAGUCAUGCUUCUUUCGUUGCACAUGCUACAUCAAGCCGCAUGCCUCGAGGAGUUGGUCGAUGAAGCCGCCUGGUGGGCACGGCCGCCGCGCGACUGCGACAGCGACGUGUAUCUGUCUAUGGUGAUGGUCGGGCGGAAUGACAAUUACGGCGGGACCUUCCAGAGUCGCUUGGCGACGUCACUGCGCAUUAACCUGCACCUACUGAACAAACACACACACGCCAGCGGCGCUUCCGGCUUCGCCGCCGAGGUUAUCUUCGUGGAAUGGAACCCUCUGCCAAGCGGCCCGUCGUCGGCAGCGCUGCUUGCCGAAUACGCGGCUGCGGCCGCACGCCAAUCGCCCCACCCACCAGUCACGCGCGUGCGUGUCGUGACCGUCCCCCCCGUUGUGCACAACGCACUUCGGGCGCUGUGGCGAGCAACGCCGCCGAAGACGUUUCCGCCCGUGCUCGAGUACCUCGGGAAAAAUGUAGGUGUUCGGCGAGCGAGGGGGAAAUUUGUGCUAACGACGAACCCUGAUGACGUCCUCUCCGCAAGCCUUGUGGCGUCUUUUGCCAAGAUGAAUCUCCUGGCCGUCAACUUCUACCGCGCGGCGCGUGGAAAUUGCAACACGCGCGCAUGGCAGCAGAUCUCCCGGAAAAAAUUUGGUGCGAAUCGCGACGCCGAGUUUCACGAGCUUGACCGUUGCGUCGGCGGAGUGAGGUUCCCGACAAAGUUUUGGGACGGCCAGCCGCACCAGGUCUCCGGGUCUUGCGCGAAUGGUGGCCUCGACAAGAGUAUUCCGACUAAUCCGGCGACGCACGCUUCCGUUCUGAAAGUCACACCAUUUGCUUACGCAUCCGGUGACUUUUGGCUGGCCGCACGACGCACGUGGCACAAAAUUGGUGGUUACAUCGAGGCUGGUGUCAUCGAGGGUGGCAAGUCCACGUUCUCCAUGUCGACAUGGGGCCUCGAUGGUUUUUCGCUCUGCCGUGCACUCGCGGGCGCCCGGGUACCGCAGACUACGUUUGACCAGCGUUGCAUGACCAUCCAUCUAGACCACGACCACAAAUCAUCUGCCACCUCGCCGCACACUGGUCCCCUCAAUUUGACCAUGCCGCCUUUUGAUGCCACACGUCUUGCGCGGCGCGAAAAGUCAAAUCUUCCAUAUUCUUUCUAAACUGAACCGAAUCACAACACGAGAGGCACACAUGACUUGCUUUCACCAGAACGUCACACCAUGCGCGCGCAGGAUUCAAGGCAGUGUUACGCGCCUGGAACGCUACGGUCGUGCACCCAGAUGCGACCGAAGCAGCCAACGCUACGUCUGCGGCUGCCAUCGCCCGGGCAUCGACACGCUUCACGGCCGCGUGGGCCACAGCUGUUAUAAUGUACGGUCAAAGGGUCAAACCAGAUGGCUGGAACCACCCGUCGUGCGUGAGCAUGGGCCGGGAUCGCGUCGGGAACGAACGACUCUUUGACGAACAAAAGCGUGCGCACGCUCCCCAUCUUUUUGGUUGGCCGGAGCUAUCGCUGCCCACCGCGGUCGUCUGGCCGGCUGGACUCCACGAGCGUGACCUCGGAAGUUGCGCAGCGGCGCCAGGCAAAUAAGUUUGAACUGUGGUGUUUUCAAAGUUGGCAAACACUGGCACACUAGGGGCCUAGUGGGGCAGCGCGG